UUUGUUUAUAUACCUACUUCAGAUAUGUCAAAAUCAAGUUGUCUGUUUUGAUUGUAGUACAUUCUACCUUGCGAUUGCGUUUUUAUAUUAUUAUUUGUUUAUGUUGUUUUAAUUAAAACCUUUCAACUGUGGUUUAUAUUUGCAAUUACCAUUUAUUAGCCGCUCGGUUAAACUGAUAAUUCUUUACCGUCUUAAACUUUUCUCAUCAACUUUUGAGGAGAGUCACCCUCUUUUUAUUAAAAAUAUUCCGUUCAGUUAAAUAAGAAAAAUCGUUCGAACUCCUCUAUAGAAAGUAUCAUAGAACAUAGUCGAUACAAUGUGUGGUCGUACAGGACUCACUUUAUCGAAAGAGAAAGUACAAUGCGCUUGUAGCUAUAAGCCUAAAAACUCAGACUCUUACACUAAACCACCGUGGCUGCCAGAAUUUAAUGCUAAUAAGGACUAUACACCUUCAUACAAUAUAGCACCAACAGAUGUUACACCUGUGUUAGUCUCAGCCAAUAACUUCCAGAGAGAUGAACAAUGUGGUAGAGUUCUUAAGCCAAUGAUGUGGGGGAUAAUACCUCCUUGGCAUAAGGGAGACUUUAAAAAUCACAAUUUAAGUACAAAUAACUGCCGCUUGGAAAAUAUAAAAAGUUCAAAGCUCUACAGUCCUAUUUUGCUAAAUGGAGGUAGAUGCAUAAUAUUAGCAGAAGGCUUCUAUGAGUGGCAAACUACUAAUAAACUAGCUAAAACUAAACAGCCUUAUUACAUAUAUGCUCCCCAGGAUGAUGGUAUCAAGGUAGAUGAACCAGACACAUGGAACAAUACCUUUGAUGAAGAGAAAGGCUGGAAGGGAAUUCGUCUCCUACACAUGGCAGGGUUAUAUAAUGUCUGGCAAAAUGAAGGCACCAUCAUAUACUCAUAUUCUGUAAUUACUAUGGAAUCUAACAGCACACUAGAUUGGCUGCACCACAGAAUGCCUGCUAUAUUAGAUAGUGAAGAACAAAUUGAAGCUUGGCUUGAUAUUGAAAAUGUGAAACCUGACAUGGCUCUUGCAUAUCUUAAACAAGUCAAAGUAUUGUCAUGGCACCAAGUUUCAACUGCUGUUAAUAAUUCUAGAUAUAAAGCCAACGAUUGCAAUAAAAAAAAUUCUGAACAAAAAAAGGACAAAACUACACAAAAAACAUUAAACUCCUGGUUUGUAAAAGCUGAAAAACGCAAGUCAACAGAAAAUAAUGAUUCUGACUGUAAAAAGCAGAAGAUUGAAAAAUAAGAAUACCAAGUUAUUAAUCAUAA